AUGACUGUACAGCAGGUGUUGACGUUAGUGGUAGAGCCUGAGAGAGCAAAGGUCACGAGAGGCUCUCCUGUUCAAAGAGAAGAUAACAAGACCCAAGAGACAGCGAGGUUUCAGGUACGAAUACACUUGCUACUGCUGCUGUUGUUGCUGCUGCGUUGGCUGUGCCAGCUGCCUGUCAUGGAUCUCAUGUCGGCGAAUUCUUGUGAGGUGCAGGUGACUCGACCCGCGCUUACCCUGCACCGCAGGACCCACCUCUACAACAGCUGCCCCGAGAAGCAAGCAGGUGUGCGCGAGAGAAUUUGCGGGUGGUCAUUAAAAUGCAACAAAUUUUCCCGCGGACGUGUGUGGGAGGCAAUGGCUGCCCGUCUGCCUAUCCUGGAUUGGUUGCCUAAAUACAAACUUCGACAAGCUUUCCUGGGCGACCUCAUCGCCGGCCUGACUGUCGGUGUGGUGGCCGUCCCUCAAGGAAUGGCCUACGCCAUGCUGGCCCACUUACCCCCCAUCACUGGCCUGUACGCGGGCGUCAUCUCCGGCCUAGUGUACAUGCUGCUGGGCACGUCACACCACAUCUCCCUUGGUGUGGUGGGUUCGUUGGGUGUGCUGACGGCGAAGGCAAUCGGGAAUGUGGUCAGCCACGAGACUGUGCCUACUCCUGCUACUGCUCCGGCCACCGCCAUCCUUUCCACGACGCCAACUCUUGCCCAGGGCUUGCAAAGCUUCACCGCAGAUGGGAACAGCACAAGCGACAACUCAGGCUACAGCUCAGUGGAGGUGGCGGUGGUGCUGGCCCUUCUCACCGGCCUGUGGCAGGUGCUGAUGGGCGUGCUACAGGUGGGCCAGGUGUUCUCCGUGCUCCUCUCCCACAUGAUCGUCUCUGCCUUCACCACCAGCGUCGCCUACGACAUCAUGUUUUCUCAGCUCAAGAGCCUGUUGGGGAUCCCUCUGCCCCGCUACACCGGUGCCUUCAAGAGCUUUUAUACGAUUCGGGAUCUGAGCCUUGCCUUGCUGACUGCUAACCCAACGGUGGUCGGGGUGUCAGCGGUGUGCAUCACCCUGCUGGUGGCCAACAACGAGAUACUGAAGCCACGCCUCAAGAAGGUGUGUCCCGUGCCGGUGCCAGUGGAGCUCCUGGUGAUGGUUGCCGGAACGGUGGUGAGUCGCGUGCUGAACCUGGAGGAAGAGCAAAGCGUCACCGUCAUCGGCCAUGUCCCCAAAGGGUUCCCCAUGCCAUCCGUGCCUCAUCUGGAGCUGGUGCCACAGCUGCUGGUCCAUUCCUUCAUCAUUGCCGUGAUCGGCUACGUCUCAGCAAUCUCCAUGGCCAAGAUCAUAGCCAAGAGGAAAGGUUAUGUUAUCCAAGCAACUCAGGAGCUUUACGCUCAUGGUAUCACCAACUUCGUUGGAUCUUUUUUUUCCUGCGCACCGGUGUCUGUCUCUCUGUCGAGGUCAGUCAUCCAGGAGGAGGUGGGCGGCGUCACUGGACUUGCCUCACUCUUCUCUUGUUCUGCCUUGAUGAUAAUGUUGUACUCCAUCGGGCCGCUCUUCAGUGCACUGCCCAACUGCGUGCUGUCCGCCGUCAUCCUGGUGUCCUUCAGAGGCCUCUUCCUGCAAGUGAAGGAUCUGGCCAAGCUAUGGUCGUCCUCUCGCCUCGACGCCGCCAUCUGGCUGGCCACCUUCGUGGUGAGCGUAGUGGUGGGCUUGGAUUACGGCCUCCUGGCGGGCCUGGCAGCCUCGGCGGUGGUGCUGCUCCUUCGCGCACAGCGACCACCGGCCCUCCAUCUCGGCCACGUGCCCUUCACCGACCUCUACCUCGACCUGAAAACCUACCACAAGGCGGUGGAGGUGCCCGGCGUGAAGAUCUUCCAGUUCGGCGGGCCGCUACACUUCGGCAACGCCUCUUACUUUCAUUCCAGCCUCUUUUCCGUCACUGGCCUGGACCUCGCCGCCGCCAAGCCUGCCUCCGCCAGUAGGGAUGAUAAGGAGACGCUGUUUGGCGUCACAGUCAACAAUGCUGGUGUAGGAAAGUGGUGUAUCAGCCACUCGUGUGCUCACCACGAUGACUCUAGCUCUUUCUACGACAUGAGAAGCGACGAAACACGUGAAAGUGGCGCCAGUCAGGCCAGCACGAGCCACACUGACGUCAGCGAAGACGACACGAGUCACAGUGACACUGAAAACGGUGAUACAGGCAGCGAUGCGUGCUUGGACUGUGACCCUGACCAGGACAACACAAGUCAGGGAACAGUCAGUCAGGUCUCCACUCAAGACACAACAUGUGACUCGAUGUCCCCUCACAAACCAACAGAUGUGACUCUAAUCAACAUAGACGGCGAGGCAGCGAAAAAUUUAACCUGUUUCUCAUUUCAGGUGUGCCAUUGGCUGGUGCUCGACUUGUCCCUUGUCAGCUUCGUGGACACCACAGGCGCCAGUAUGAUGAAACAGCUCCACCGCGAUCUCCAGACCACUGGUGUCACUUUGUGUCUGGCAUCAGCCUCAGACAAGGUGGUGGAGGCCCUUGAGAGGUGCGGUGUGUUGGAGGAGAUCAGCCGCGAUCUUGUCUUUCAUUCCACCCACGACGCCAUCACCACCAUCACCUGUCCUCGCCACUCCCCGACCACGCGCUAGGACUUCCAGUAGUUACGUCCAGACUCCUGCCGUUGCUGAGAACAUCGCAGCAUGUCUACAGCGU